UAUUGACACAACGCAUGUUAUUAUUUACAUUUACAAAUUAAACGAUAAGAAACUGGUUGUGUUCGAUGAAGUUCCAACCUUGAUCUUACCUUCUCACUCGCGCGAUGGCACAAGCGAAGCUCAACGUAUCAGAGAAAUCCGGUGGCAUUAGAGAAAAGGAUAAAGAUACCGAGGAAAAAGAAGGUCUCACCGUCGUACCAGAAUGUGCUGUGUGCCUGCAGCCUUGUAUUCAUCCAGCGAGGUUGCCCUGCAGCCACAUAUACUGUUAUCUGUGCGUAAAAGGUGUUGCCAAUCAGAGCAAACGAUGUCCAAUGUGUCGUCAAGAGAUUCCACCAGAUUUUCUUGAAAGACCUCAGCUGGUAGAAGUCGAAGAGUCUCAAAAGGAAUCGGAACAUCCUGAGGAAGAAUACCAGUGGUUUUACGAAGGUCGAAAUGGUUGGUGGCAAUAUGAUCAACGUACAAGUAUUGAAUUAGAAACUGCGUAUAAACAAGGCAAAAGAACCUGUGAGUUACUGAUAGCAGGAUUCCUUUACAUAGCUGAUUUUGGCUCAAUGUUGCAAUUGCGUAGAAAUGAUCCUUCUAGACGAAGAAGGAUUAAAAGAGAUCUGUAUAAUGUGCCAAGAAAAGGAGUUGCCGGAUUACGUCUCAAUGUGCAAGAUGAGGAAAUUGUGAGGGAAAUAAGAGGUGCAGAGCGACCAGCUAGUCCUGCGAGUGAUAGUAUGGGUACAGGAGAUGGCACAAACACUCCCAUACCACCUAGUAAUACACCGCAAACACCUGCAGGUGGUACAGCAAGUGGAGAUGCAACACCUUUAAAUGAUAGAAUAGAUCAGAGAUCAGAUUCCCUGCAUCAAGUUCUAGAACAGAUGCGUUCUCUGGUUCUGAGGGAACAUCUAUCCUUAAAUAGUGAUAACGAAUUUGAAGAAGAUACGGAGGAUGCAACGAUUUCGGAUCAUCUCGCUCUCUCAUAGCUACAGAUAUCGAACGCGUCGAAAGUCGUGGUAAUUACACUUAAGAAUCUCCAAUUUGUUUCCAAACUCGUCGUAUUACUGCUCAAUUCAAUAAGAUAAUAUACUACAUUAAUAUACAUUAUGUUCACUGGGAAAGCAUAAAUGUACAAAACAUAUUGAUCUAGCAAACUGCAUUGCUCAACUACAGGCAUAUGAAAGUUGAUGUACAAUUAAGUCUUUCAAGUUAUCUUUAUUUAGAAAAUAUUAAUUUCUUUUUAAAAUCUAUUUAUCUUUUAUCGAUCUAUAUCAAAAGAUAUUAAUUAAAUUAUCAUUGAGCAUAAUAAUAGUUUACAAAGAUAGGGCUAUAUAAUUUACAAUGUAAUUGUUGAUAAUGUACUUAAAAAUUAAUUUUGGAAGCCACUGUAUAGUAUUAACAAUACAUAUACAGUGGAAGUAAUUAGUCGUAUAAGGUAAAGUAAAAAUACUAUAGUCUUAAAAAACGUAAUAAAGUUUCUAAUAAAAAUGUGUUCAUGCCUCAGAAAGGCCCGUGAAAGAAAAUUAAUAUAACGAAAAAAACGGUUAUUUAUUCUUAUGAAAAUCAAGUGCAAUAUUCAAUAAUCAAUAUAAUUGCUAGUUUCGAAUGAACUGUGUAAUCUUUGAUGUUUAAAAUUGAAAUCUUGUAUUACGCAUAGAAAUAAAAGAUACAUUUUCUUCAGCAA